AUGGCCACUGCACUACCCACUCUGGCCAUCCCAGGCCAGCGCCUGGGCUCAAUUGCCUCAUAUGCCGCCGGUCCUGGUACACACGUGCAGAACGCAACCAUCUAUGCCUCCAUCGCAGGCCCUGUGGUCGUUGAUCAAGCGCAACCCAGCUCCAAAGCAAAGCUCAUCCUGAGUGUCUCCCGCACAGGCCCCAAGAAGGCAGCUGCUCCCCCACCCAGCACCAAGGCGUCCGCCAAACCAGCCACCACUGGAAAGCCCAAACUGAGAUACAACACCCUCCCCGCCGUCGACUCGGUCGUGUUGGCGCGCGUUACCCGCGUUCAGAAGCGACAAGCCACCGUGUCUAUUCUAGUUGUGCUCGACGAAUCUGCUAGCUCUCAGCCUCUCAACCCCGCACAGACUGCAUCGGACAAUGACAAUAUUGAAGCUAUCCUCUCGUCCGCGGCUAAUCCAGAGAACCACAGCAACUCGGAUGAACUUCGCUUCCAGGCGCUGAUCCGCAAGGAGGAUGUGCGCGCUGUUGAGAAAGACCGCGUCGUCAUGGAUGAGAUGUUCCGUGUUGGGGAUAUUGUUCGUGGAACGGUCAUCUCCCUCGGUGACCAGAGCUUCUACUAUCUUACCACCGCACGCAAUGAUCUGGGUGUCGUUAUGGCCCGCAGUGAGUCGGGUAAUAUGAUGUUCCCUGUUAGCUGGAAGGAAAUGAGAGAUCCUGUUACUGGGGUUGCGGAGUUGAGGAAGGUUGCUAGGCCGUUUUGA